ACCCAAUGGGAAGGCGGCGGGUCAUCUCCAUGGCGAGACGCUGUUUGUGUGACGUCACCGAACCCGGAAGCUCUGAGCCGCCUCGGACUGUAAGACAGGUGCCAGUCAGUCAAUCGGUGUGUGGCAGGUUGCCAUGACGACCCUGCUUGUCGGCUUCCUGGCGGCCGCCUUGCUGCUGGCAGUCAGAGCCUGGUGUGUGCUGCGGGGUCACGGCACCCCUCGGUCCAGGAAGAAGGAGGCAGUCAGCCUGCUGGCAGUAGCGGGCUCUGGAGGGCAUACAACAGAAAUGUUAAGAUUGCUGAGCAAUCUAUCUACAGCAUAUUCCCCAAGAUAUUAUGUUCUUGCAGAAACGGACACUAUGAGUGAAGAAAGAAUACGUUCAUUUGAAAGCACUAGAAACCAUGAAAGCAGACCGCCUUUGUAUUCCAUCCAUCGCAUUCCAAGGAGCCGUGAAGUAAGACAGUCGUGGAUCUCCUCUGUUUUUACCAGUAUAAAAUCUGCACUACACUGUUUCCCUCUCACUGCUCGGUUGCGGCCAGAUGUGAUCUUAUGUAAUGGCCCUGGCACGUGUGUUCCAGUUUGCUUGUCUGCGCUUCUUCUUGGGAUCAUUGGCAUCAAGAAAACAAUCAUCAUUUAUGUUGAAAGUAUUUGUCGCGUGGAAUCAUUGUCCCUAACCGGACAAAUCCUCUAUUAUUUUUCAAAUGUUUUUAUCGUUCAGUGGCCUCUCUUAAAGGACAAAUAUCCCAAAUCUAUAUAUCUAGGACGAUUAGUUUGACUUCCCAAAACAUAAUAAAUAUAAUUGCAAAUCCAGCAUUUUCGUACAAAACAGGAGGUUUGCAGUUUGUGUUGGCCAAAUCUUAUGGGACCAGAUAAAUAGGUGGGAAUCCAUACAGUCUCCAAAAAACAGUUAACAAAAUACCUUAUGUGAUUUUGUGAAUGUGGCCAACCUCAAAUUACUGUAAGGAAUCUGAAUGUAAUCAAGUCUCCUCGUAACUUUUAUUUACCAAGCAAAACAGAAGGCAGCAAAGAAAUAUCUCACACAAAAGCAGCAGGGUAAGCAGUCUGAAAUAUUGGGAUUUUUUUUUUUUUAUAAAUGUGUAUUUUUUUUAUUCAGUAUUUAAAUGGUAUGAUAAAAUGUAGUGGUAUUUAGGUGUACUGUUUUCCCAAUCUGGCGAUUAUCAGCACUUUUGUCUCCCAUUAACAAAGCUACAAUCACUACAACAGAGAAAAGAUGCAUAGUUUCCAUGUGUUUAACGGAGAGUAAAGGCUAAAAAUAGUUUUUUAAAGGUCUGUUAAGUAUUAGUGGAGUAAAGAAAAAUAAAACGAUCAGCCUUUAACAUGUGCCUAUUGAGUAGGAAGUUCAAUUUUUUCCCAUUUUAAUGUGCUUAAAUGAUCGCUAACAUAUUCUCUGCAGGUUACUCGAUAUGCACAUUAUUCAAAGUAAAAUUUGCACCUUAAUGCGAAUUAGUUGUAAUGUUCCAAGGGAAGAGAACUAUUACCACGUAUGAUGUGAGUGAAGUCCCUUCUGGUUACACUGUGUAUUUGUUUUAUGUAUAAAUUGACUUGCGGUAGUGGGCCUGAUUACUUAUGCUAAUAGAGCUUCUGAAAAGCUUGGAGUGUGCAGCCUCCUACACAUAAAUAUGAACCUUAGACCUUGCAGAGGAGCAGAGGAAAUGGCUAUUGAUUCCACAUAGCUCAGCAGGAUAUAUGAUCUGUACCAGAGCAGUAAUAUAGCCACUGACUGUAUCUGUGGGGGUUACGGCUGCUCUGUUGCAUUAAUCAUAAACUGUGUCUGUUGUUUUUUUUGUUGUUGUUUUUUUUUUUUUUUUUUUUGCCAGGCCAGCGGAGGAUUGUUGUAUGCGCAUGGCUAUAUCUCAUUGACCCUCAUAGUUUGAAUCCUCUAUAUUAAAUGUUAUCUUUGUGAUACAUUGUCUCUGUCUUCCAUGAUGAGUGAAUGUUCUGGCUGGUAAAAUCACAGAAUUAUAUAGCUAUGGCUCAUAAUAGGGAUCUGUGGUUUCACCUACUAUUGGCUGAAAUUGGCUGUCUGUCGUAGUUUAUAGUUGGAGGUUUGGAUUACAUAUGGGUUGACUUAUUAAAGGGACAUACAUCACUUUGAGACAAUUGUCUCAUUCAAAGG